UCUCUCCACGCUCACCCUUUCUCGUCGUCCCCAACUCUAUCCUACGGACCUUCCCCCCAUCACACGCCCACAAAACCUCAAAGAUUUUGAAAAGGUUUCAGCUGCUUGUCACUCGCCUUCAGUAGCAGCAGGCAAUGGGGAUGGGGGCCGUGACAAUGGCGAGCAGCUCCCUCGCCCUCCGGCCACGAGGGUCGUCGUCGCCCCGCCCACUUCGUCCUCCGCGUGCGGCGGCUACACCCACCCGCCGCCGCCGGGCAGCAUUGCCCGCUCCACGAACACCAGCCACUGAGCUCUCUGUGGAGCGCAAGCGGCCGGUCAGCGAGACGACGACGACGCGGCUCUACUCGUUGGCGCCGUAUCCUCUGCUGCUGGCGGCGCUGCUGCCUGGUGCCGAGUCGGUGACGGCGGCGUUCCAGCCGUUCGUGGACAUUGUCAAGACCUUCAACCUCCCCGACUGGCUCGUGCACUGGGGCCACCCGGGCAACAUGGCUGUGGUGCUCUUCGCAAUGGGUGGCUAUGGAACGUACCUGGGAUUCAGGAUCAAACUCUCGGAUGACCCGGAGGAGAAGGCCAAGGCCAAGGACCUCCACCCGAAGCUCCUGGGCGGCAUGUUCUUCUUCUUCGCUGCCGGCGCCACCGGCGGAGUCACCGCGCUUCUCACGUCGGGCAAACCCAUCUUCGAAAGUCCUCAUGCGGUAACCGGAAUCAUCGGCCUCGCCCUCCUGACAGUCCAGUCUCUCCUGCCAACACUCUUCGAGGGAAACCCUGGGCUGAGAGGUGCGCAUGGACUACUCGGCAGCAGCAUCAUGACGCUGUUUCUUUUCCACGCGGCGUUCGGAUUGCAGCUUGGGCUCAGCUUUUAGGUUUGCGGCUGGAGGAAUUAGCGGUUUGUUUCUCUGUGAUGACUUCUCAGAUAGGACACCCCGUCUUAGUAGUAUCACUAGAACAUGAAUGCGCGCGUUGCCGCGCCCGUCCAUCCUUACGGAAGGAGGAUGAAAUAGCUCAAAUUACAGUUAUUGCAAGGAAUUUGCUUUAAGAGAAUGACUAUUUUCAGUUCAAACCAAGUGAAACAAAGACAAUACACCCAGCAACAUAUAUGAGUUGAUGAA